UGAAAUGUGAAGUCAUUCAGUCAACACCGGUGUAAAAACCUGUAAGAGGACAGAAUGUUAACGCUCGUGUGUCUCUGUUUUCAACCAUGGAUACAGUUUUAUUAAUCGCGUUGUGUCUGCUUUUGGGAAGGACUUCAGGUGAGGGACUGCCUGAGCCCCAGAAUGUCCAUUUCUACUCACUGAACCUUGGAACCAGGGUGAGAUGGACACCAGGAGAUGGAGCACUCAAUGGAACUCUCUACACUGUGGAAUAUGCCAUUUAUGGCGAUGCAGAGGAGAGCAACAGUGAGCAGGUGAGAUGGAGGCAAGUAAAGCAGUGCACGUCCAUCACACAGACCGAAUGUGAUGUGUCUCGGGAGAUGUAUAACCUGCUGGAGGAGUACUACGCCAGAGUCAGGGCUAUCAGCCCAGACACACAAUCCAUCUGGACCGAGAGUGAAUCCAGGUUCAGACCCAUGUUUGACACGAUUCUUGGACCUCCACUGGUGGAAGUGACUUUGGUGCAAAACUAUGUGAAUGUCACCAUAAAGGGUCCUUUCAGGAAAACGAAGAGGUCAAAGAAAGACAAAUCCCUGUGGAAAAUCUUCCCGCACAUGAUCUAUAAUGUCUCUGUGUACAACAGCAAGAGCAAACACACGCAAUACUUCCUUCUUAAAAAUGGUAACUUGACUCUGGGCCCUCUGGAAUUCUCCACACAUCUCUGCGUUGUGGCUCAGGCACAGUCCCAGUCCUUCCCUUUGGCCACCAAACCCAGUGAACGGAUGUGUGCUGAAACACCCAAAGGCUUCAUGGUGGAUUUCAUUGCUGUUCCAGAUCCAUUUAAAGAUCAGCUGCUGACGGCCAUGUUGGGAGGUGUGUUACCAUCUGCCCUCUGUCUGUGUAUACUCGCUGUGUUGGGCGGCUUCAUUCACUGCUACAUCAAUGACCACAGACAGACUCUGCCCAAGAGCACGGAUAUGGUGCAUGCAAGUGAAAACCUUCAAACUUUCCAACCUGAAAGGCCCACAACUAUCAACCUCAACCUGAUUGGACUGGAUGGGAUCAGAGUAGAAUUUCCUGUCGCUCUGCUACAGCCUGACUCUGGGAAAUGUUCCUCAGAUGGCGAUGCCCAGGCCCUGCCUCUGCCUGCUGCAGUAGAGCUGCCUGUGUCUUAUGCACAGCAGCAUGUGCCAGCUCCAAACAGUUCUAGUGUGGUUUCCGAAGACUGGCAGGUCGAACGCUCUGCGAGUGAUGACUCUGAUCUGCAGCCGUGGCCACAGAAGCACAGUCAUGACGAAGCUGGAGAGUACGGCAUUGUAUUGCCAGCUACGCUUGAAAUAGAGGGCCCUUGUGGUGCUGAGGUUAAUCUUUACAGGACACAAGGCAAUAUGAUAGAGCCCAGACAGCUACAGGAUGAAAAGGAUGAAGAAGAAGAAGCACAAACAUUUUUGGAUUGGAGUCCCACGACCUGUGAACUGAAGAUCCCUCUGAUGGGGUUGUUAGGCUUAGAGGACGAGGCAGAGAUCGAGACUGAAGUAGUGAGAGAUGAAGUUCCACUGCUGCCUAAUGUCAUACUGAGACAGGUCUCAGAGGAGAGCUCAGAGCAGGAGGACGACUUCACCAAAAUGGAGAAAAACUGGGGCCUUGUUAUCCACAGUAACCCAGAAUAGAAUGUAACAGUAGAGAUCCAGAAUGAAAAAUCCAAUUCAUUUUCUCCAUAGAGAAACUGAUUUUGAGUAAUAAUUGAGGCUCCCUAUUUGAAGUGUUACAUGUGUGCAAUUAAUUAUAUAUAAAAAAAAAAAAAACAUAUUAGAACAUUUUAUGCAAUUAAUCAUGCUCCAAACCAGCAAAUACAUUCCAUAAUAAACACAGACCACCAAUUAAAAAUAGUGUAGAUGGAAUUAGACCAAUAAUAGGUUUAUGAUCAAUGAGAUGGAAAUAAAUCAAACAAUAUUUUCAAGCUUGAUGUACCACCUUGAUGCAGUAGGGGGCAGUCAGCGUGACUCCAGCUGUACAGACACCACAACGAGAGCAACAGACAGCAAAGCCUUCCACAGGUGACACACUCUUGUGCUCAAAGACAGCAGGACUGAGCACAAGAGAAGGCAGGGAUCACAAGACGUGUUUUUAGCUUGAAACAGUGUGCUAAAAACACAAAACUUAUGAGACACGACGCAAUGAAAUAUGAGACGCUCCGUCCAUCUGAUGCAUGAUUAUACAGACCACCAAUUAAAAAUAGUGUAGAUGGAAUUAGACCAAUAAUAGGUUUAUGAUCAAUGAGAUGGAAAUAAAUCAAACAAUAUUUUCAAAUUUAAUUUACUUGUGUGCCGCCACAAAAUAUGUAUAUUAUAUAAUAUAUUUCAAUAUAAUAUUUAUAUUAUAAUAUAAAAUAUUCAGAUAAUUAAAAUGCUUUACAUUCUUUUAGCAGAAGAGUUCAUCAUUGAUAAGACAAUAUAAAAGCGGCUUUAGAAUACAAUGUAUUGUUUACUACCAUAUUAUUGAUCAUAAGUCAGUCAUUGGCGUACAGUUCACAGCAAUCAAUUUCACAAGUGAAUUUAUCAAUCAGUUUGAGAUUUAUUGUGAGGGCUUGUUUAAGAGCCCGUCAAUCUACACCUGUGUCAGACAUGCUUGUGUAGCAUCUCGGGUGUGUUGCAUCAUAAACAUAAAAUGUUUAGGUCACUGUUUCAAGUUAAAUAUAGUUUAAUUGGAUUCUGGGAUUCUUGGAUUCUGAUCCAAGAUGGCGGCGCGGUAGCACGCAGCGGCCAUUCCGGAUCCACAAUGGUGCUAUUUUUGUUAAAAAAGCCAGACUUUUGCAACACAUGGACAUCAGAGCAACCGGUGUUCGUGUCUACCAUCGCCAGACACUACUGAAAUAUAAGACUCAUGCAAAAACCAAGCUGCAUGAUGACCUGCAGGAGGCGCUACGCGUACUCGGC